UUCCUGUGCCAGCCCCCAGGCACCUGGGGCCCCACCCCUGAGACGGCUCCCGGCCCGUUCGUGCGCAAGGGGCGGCCUCGUCUGCAGCGCGGCCCCGGGGGCGUCGCCCCGGCCAGGCGGGGCAGGCGUCCCCAUUCCCAAACCCGACCUCGUGUCGCACAUGGAGCCAUGGGAAGAGCUGCAAGUCCCAGAUCCCCAGUGCUCCAAGGAACAGGAGAUGCCAAGAGGCACCCAAGAAGGUGCUGAGAUCCCACGUAGAAGCAAGGAAGAGACUUUGCAUCAUGAAAGGGAAGCAGCCAGGUGCAAAGGGAAUGUGUCCGGUAGACCUAAGGGGGGCGAUGGCUCAGUGGAAGGGCAGCAGGAUCCUGGACCUCUGGGCUCCAUUUGCGUGAAGAGUGGCAUGAGCGAUGGGUCAGUGGGUGGCACCCCAAGCUCCAUCGCCUGCCCCAUGUGCGGGAAGGGCUUCAGCCGCAGGUCAAACCUCACGAAGCACCAGCGGGUCCACACGGGGGAGCGUCCCUUCUGCUGCACCCAGUGUGGGAAAUGCUUCACUCAGAGCUCCAACCUCUGCCGGCACCAGACCCUCCAUGCAGCGGGCGAGGGGCCCUGGCACUGCCCCGAGUGUGGGGAGAGCUUCACAGGGAGCGCAGGGCUGGCCAGGCACCAAAGAACGCAUAUCGUAGGGGAGAGAUCCCACUUUUGCCACCAAUGUGGAAAAGGCUUUGCCAACCACUCAGUCCUGACCAUCCACCAGCGCAGCCACUCGGGGGAGCGGCCGUUCUCAUGUGCCCAGUGCGGGCGCAGCUUUGACCGCAGCUCCCUACUGGUGGAGCACCAGCGCACCCACACUGGGGAGCGCCCCUACCGCUGCCACCAAUGCAGCCAGGGCUUCACCCGCGCCACCCACCUCAGCCGGCACCAGCUAAUCCACCGUGGCGAGCGACCUCACGGCUGCUCCGAGUGUGGCCGGCACUUCCGGCUCCGGGCUGCGUUAGUCAAACACGUGCGGAGCCACACAGGGGAGCGACCCUACAAGUGUGCUGAGUGUGGAGCGGUCUUCGCCAGUGUCUCCUCCCUGGCUCGGCACCGCCGGAGCCACGCCGGUGAGAAGCCCCACCGCUGCCCUGACUGUGGUAAGAGGUUCGGGCAGAGCACUGCAUUCGCUGAGCACUGCCGCACCCACACUGGGGAGCGCCCUUACCACUGCCUGGAGUGUGGCCGCGCCUUCGCCGGGAGCUCCAACUUCAUCCGGCACCAGAGAAUCCACACCGGGGAGCGGCCCUACCAGUGCCAGGACUGCAGCCGCACCUUCCGGGUCAGCUCCAACCUGGCCAGGCACCAGAGGACUCACCACCAGGGGCUGGUGGCCACUGAGUGUGGAGAUACUCCCUUGUUGGGACAGGCAGGACAGACAACAGAGGAGUCCCGGGUUCAAUCCCCACCCAGGGCAGCCUGGGACUGGAGGGGCUUAGUUGGCAGGUGGGGAGGGGAGUUCGUUAUCACCAUCGUCCACCACAAUAAUAGUGGCAUGGAGCUUCUGGUGCUGCGCCAGCUGCGAGGGAAAGCAGAACCCUUUGCCGCAUUGGUGGCAGCGGUGGGGCCGCUCCCCGGUGUGGAUGGCCUGAUGUUGCACCAGGUUGGAGCUCUGGGCAAAGGUACGGCCACACUGCCCACAGGCAAAGGGCCGCUCACCGCUAUGGGUCAGUUGGUGCUUGCGCAGCACCUUGCCAUCCGCGAAGCCCUUGCCGCAUUGGUGGCAGCAGUAGGGCCGCUCCCCACUGUGCAGCCGCUGGUGCCUCAAGAAGCUGGAGCUAUCACUGAAGGCCCGGCCACAUUUGGGGCACUUGUAUGGGCGCUCCCCAGUAUGGGUGCGCAAGUGCUGCGUCAGGUUGGAGCUCUGGGCAAAUGCCUUGCCGCAUUGGUGGCAGUGGUGGGGUUUCUCACCAGUGUGGACUCGCUGAUGCUGUAUGAAAGGCUUCUCCGCCAGGUGGGUCUUCUGGUGCUGCGUCAGGUUGGAGCUCUGGCUGAACCCUUUGCCACACUGGUGGCAGCGGUGGGGUUUCUCGCCAGUGUGGGUGUACCGGUGCUCAAUCAGAUGUGCCCGACGGCUGAAUGCCCUCCCACAGUCGGGGCAGCGGUAAGGUCGCUCCCCAGCAUGGGUGCGUCGGUGCUGGGCCAGCCGGGAGCUGUCGGCGAAGCUGCGCCCACAGCUGGGGCAACAGUAGGGGCGCUCACCUGUGUGGGUACGGGCAUGCUUGGACGAGCUGUCGGCGAAGCCUUUGCCGCAGUCGGCACAGCGGUAAGGGCGCUCACCCGUGUGCAUGCGCCGGUGCUGCACCAGGUGCGAGGGCCAGGUGAAGGCUUUGCCACAGUCGGCACAGUUCGCGGUCCCCAGGUCCCCAGGUCUGGGCCGCGUGUGAGCAGCGGGGUCUGGGGGGGGAUCGCCCCAGCCGGGCGGUCACGGUGCAUGCCGGUGAAGGUUGAACAAGUGGUCUGGGAGAAGAUGGCAUCCCCUGGGGCAUUAUGGGAAUCUCCUGGUUCCCAGCUGGACCAGCCGCAGCUCCAUCCAGAAUGUGUAUCCCAGGAGGAGGAGGGAAAGGGUGAACCUGCAAGACCCCACUAUGAGCUGCUUUCUAUCCCCAAAGAGAAGCCCCAAGCUCUCCAGGAAACAGGACACCAACGCGAGCUUCUUUGUGACAUAAAGGAGGAACCUCUUGAAAUGGCUGUUGACAGGAAGUUGAGCAUGGAAGGUGCCAACACUGCCCCCUCUGCCCUCAGCUCCCUGUGCCCAUUCUCCCUCUGGGAGAACCUGACAGACUCCACUGGCUAUGGGGACAAAGUACUCAGGGAUCCCACUGCUAACCCCCAGCAGGACAAGAAGCCCUUCCGGUGCAACAAAGAAGAGGUGUUUGAAGAUCCCACCCUUGCCCCUCAGCUGGAUGGGGUACUUGGAGAUCUCACCUCUGCCCCCCAGCCAGCCGAGAAGCCAUUCCGGUGCAGCGAGUGCGACAAGACCUUUGGGCAGAGCUCCCACUUGCUGCAGCACCAGAUCACGCAUACCGGGGACCGCCCCUACCAGUGCCCUGACUGCGGCAAGCGCUUCAGCUGGAGCUCAGCCCUGUGCCAGCACCAGCGCAUUCACCGUGGGGAACGCCCCUACCAGUGUGCUGACUGCGGCAAGCGCUUUGCCCAGAGCUCCAACCUGACCACGCACCGGCGCACCCACACGGGCGAGAAGCCCUACCGCUGCCCACAGUGCGGCCGCAGUUUCAGCCAGAAUGCCAACCUGCUGACCCACCAGCGGGUGCACGCAGGAGUCAAGCGCCACGAGUGCCCCCAGUGCGGACGGGUCUUUGUGGAGCGCUCAUCGCUGCUCAAGCACCAAGGCGUGCACCAGGCGGAGAAGCCAUACCAGUGCCCUGAGUGCGGGCGCAGCUUCACACAGGGCUCCACACUGGCCCAGCACCUUCGCAUCCACACUGGUGAGAAACCAUACCGAUGCGGUGAGUGCGGGAAGUGCUUUGGGCAGAGCUCAGCCCUGGCCCAGCACCGCCGGGCCCACACAGGUGAGAGAUCCUACCACUGCCACCAAUGCGGCAAAGCUUUCAGCCAGAGCUCCAAUCUCAUCACUCACCAGGCCUCACACACCGGUGAGCGGCCCUACAAGUGCCCAGACUGCGGGCGCGCCUUUGGGCGCAGCGCCCAUCUGGUUACCCACCAGCGCACCCACACUGGGGAGCGACCCUACCGCUGCCACCAAUGCGGCAAGGGCUUCAGCCAGAGCUCCACCUACAUCCAGCACCAGACCACCCACACCGGUGAGCGUCCAUACAAGUGCCCGCAGUGUGGCAAGGCCUUCAGCCAGAACUCCAACCUGCUCACCCACCAGCGCAUCCACACCGGUGAAAAACCUUACCGCUGCCACCAAUGCGGCAAGAGCUUCCGGCAGAGCUCAGGCUAUCUCCAGCACCAAAGGACCCACACAGCCUUGCAGCCCUCCACCACACCCACGUAACAGUGCUCGCCGUGGGGACUAUGGGUCUAACAUCACACGCCUCCAAUGUUUGUGCUAACUCAGAAACAUGAUGGGAAUUACAAACCACAAUAUGUUGCCCGGGCAGCAGAGGGUUACACACAGUUGGACAUGCACCUGCCUCUCCUGCUAGGGGUAAAGCAGCGACACAGUGGACUCAUAGAUGGAUCUGGACUGAACACGGGUUUUCCAUUUCAUCGGAAAUUCUAUGAUGGCAUGGGGGGGACAUCCAUUCCAAAA